GUUGAGGUGAUCGCUGACGCACGCGUUCUCCGUUUCCGACGUGUGGAAGUUUGUGGGGGAAAUUCGCUGUGCAGACGAGAAAAAACAGCUUUUUCAGACAAGACUUCACCGACGAUCACAUAUGCACACGAGAAAAGAACGACCCAGCAUUAUUUUUCUUCAAGGCAAGCGGGAGUAAUUCUCAUCGAUAGAAACCUUCACGAUUCGGUUGUGUUUGACCGAAGUCCGUAGUCAGGACAGGCGGAUCACUAUCGGCCGUAAAUUUCCCACAAAACGCUCCAGUCCGGGUUUCGCCCACGCGGUACGCCUUCCCGAGCCACCACGGAGCCGCAGAGGCGCUCGCGAUGUCGCAGGCCACCAAGCGCAAGCACGUGGUGCAGGAGGUGCUGGGAGACCACGUCACCCCGACCGGCCGCCAGCAGAUCGUGAGGGUUCUGGGAUCCCCUGGGAACAACCUCCAUGAGGCAGAGACUGCGCAGGGGGAGCGAUUCCUGGUCAGCAUGCCCACCAAGUUCAGGAAGAACAUCUGGAUCAAGAGAGGGGACUAUCUGAUUGUGGAGCCCAUAGAGGAAGGGGAGAAGGUGAAAGGAGAGAUCAUCUUCAUCCUGUACAAGGACCACAUCCGACAGCUCAGGAAAGAGGGAGCCUGGCCCGCAGGAUUCCCGGGAGAGGAGGCGCCGGGCGAGGAGCGAGCCGGCAGCGACGAGGGCAGGGGCGGCGCAGAGGGACAGCGGGGGCGCGAGGAAGAGGAGGAGGAGGAGGAGGAGGAGGACGGGAGCACCGACUCAGAGGACGACGGAGACCUGUUCGUGAACACGAACCGGGUCAACUACCAUUACAGCGAGAGCGAGGGCGACUCGGACUCCGAGGGAGCCGAGGAAGAGGAGGAGGACGGAUCAGAGGGGAAGGACUGAGAUAUCCCUCACCAUACCCCCCCCCUCCCAGACUCUCUCCCUCAUCGACCCACCCCUCACACGGGGGGGGCAACUUUACUGUGCGGGCUGGUCCUGUGCCCAGCCCUGAACCCAUACACACCCGUGACAGCACCCGGCACGAAAGAGAGCAGGCACAAACCCCCUCAGGGGCCUGGUGUGUGCUGUGCGCUGGAGUUGUGGGGAAAAACGCGAGGGGGUGUGGGCUCUGUGUGGAGGUGGUGGGGGGUGUAGAUGGGGGGUGGGGGGUGGGGAGGAGCUCGUUUUCGAACGAGAUUUGCUCUGCCGUUUCAGCGUACAGCAGACCAGGGCUCCUCACUCCUGCCACUGCGGAUCCAUAGGGGAUCUUCUGGCUGUUGUUGACUUAAUUGAAUCAAUUAGUGUCUUAAUGAGUCUUGCGUUUCAGCCACUUCCAUGUCUUUAAAUCGUGGAGGGGUUAGAAGCCCUUAUAAAAACCCUUCUAUAUAUCGAUAUGGGCUGGGGACUCCAGGCCGAAGGGCCUGGAUCUGCUGUGGUCCCCAGUGGAAGGAAUUCAACCCUUCUCAGUCCCAGUUUCUCUGGCUUCUCUUCCACAGCUGCUCUAGUUCCAUGACAACUAACAAUUUUCCUUUUUUUUUUGGGCCUGCAUAACUUUUUAGUUACAGGAAUCUAGGGGGUGACCAACUGUGAAAAGACCCUAUUUAAAAUCCUAGAUCUGUAACACCUAAAAACGUUGACUUGUGUUGGAACAGAAACCGUGAAACUGCCCUACUGUAAUGAUUGGGACAGCUGAACUAGAACUCUUGAGUGAUGACCAAUAAUGCUUUGUAAUAAUUUCUGAAGUCCUCCCUGUGGAGACAGUGGAUAUGUACACUGCUGAAGCAAUUCAUUUUUUUUUUGUCUGUACCAGACAGCAAGUGUGUUUAAUUAAUAAAACAUUUUUAAAGAGGU